AUGUUAUUUUGUCUUUUCUUUCAGGUGAUGCUGAAUCGAACAUCAGUCACUGAAUUUCUCCUCCUGCCAGUGACAGACAUCCAAGUACUGCAGCCUGUUCUAUUUGUGGUUUUCCUUGCAAUUUACAUUGUCACCCUGGCUGCGAAUGGAGCCAUCCUGAUGGCUGUCAUCUCUGAUCCAAGACUCCAUUCUCCUAUGUAUUUUUUCCUGGGAAACCUGUCAUGUCUGGAUAUCUGCUUCUCCACAGCGAGUCUGCCAAAGAUGCUGGAGAACUUCCUCUCUACACACAAAGCAAUUUCUUUCUCUGGAUGCAUAAGCCAGCUUCAUUUCUUUCACUUCAUGGGCAGCACAGAGGCCAUGUUGCUGGCUGUGAUGGGCUUUGACCGCUUUGUGGCUAUCUGCAAACCACUUCAGUAUACUCUUAUCAUGAAUCAUCAAGUCUGUAUCCAGAUGGCUGUCACUGUCUGGAUCAUUGGUUUUUUCCAUGCCCUGCUGCACUCAGUAAUGACCUCUCGCUUAAACUUCUGUGGUUCCAACCAUAUUCAUCACAUCCUCUGUGAUGUUAAGCCAUUGCUGGAGUUGGCCUGUGGGAACACUGAGCUCAACCAGUGGCUGAUAAACACUGUCACAGGCACCAUUGCCACGGGUUCAUGCUUUCUAACAUUCCUGUCCUAUUUCUAUAUUAUUAUCUAUCUUUUCUUCAACACCCAUUCUUGCAGCAUGCUUCAUAAGGCACUGUCUACUUGUGCCUCCCACUUCUUGGUAGUUGUUACUUUCUUCGUCCCUGUUGUUUUUGUUUACAUUCAUCCUGCCUCAAGUAGCUCCAUGGACCAGGAUCAGAUCAGUGCCAUUAUGUACAGUGUGGUCACUCCUGUGCUAAAUCCACUGAUCUAUACUUUGAGGAACAAGGAAGUAAAGAGGGCCUUGAGGGAAAUUUUCUCAAGAAAAAUUUUCUCCAGGUUUUUCUCUAAUGAGUAA